CGUAAGUAUUAUUCGACCUUACCUAUCUUUCGGAGGUCAAACAGUAUUGAUAACCGUUCUACAGCAUACACGCAUUGUCUUAAAUACAUUUCUCUAAAUAUGGCUUCUGUUAUUUCUCUAUAUGAAUUAUUAAACUAUAACAGGACUGGCUCGAUUCUGAUCGUGUGCUUAAAUAAGUUCUUAUUUGUGUUAACAGUCCAACGUAAUUAGAUCCGAGAGAUUUUCUAUUUGCGACAGAGUUGAAAUAAACAAUGAUUUGAUAUUAAUAUUAUUUUUAUCGUGUGUUUAGUUAAUGAUUGUUGUUUGUUGUUUGAUAAGUAACUUUAUUAUGGACAUCGAAGUCUUGAGGAGCGGUGCUGGUCAUUGUUGCUGUGCUCACAAAAAAAUAUUUUGCGUAAAAUGGAUAAGAACGCACCAAACAUAGCAGUGCUCGGUGCUGGUGUGGUUGGGACUACGGUUUCCAGGAUCCUGCAAGAAGAAUUAAGAAGUGCUGACAUAACUGUCAUAGCGGAUACGUUCAAGGAGGACACGGUUAGCACAGUCGCUGCCGGUAUUUUUAGACCGGGCACCAGUUUCCGUGGACCCCAAGCAGAGGUCACUAAGAAAUGGAUAAAAGACUCCUGGAACUAUUGGCAGGAGAUACUCAAAACUCCUGAAGCACCUGCAGCUGGUCUCAUGACUCUAUCAUCCUACAUAUUCUCUAAGGAAAAUUAUCAUACAACCAGAAAUCAUCUCAUCGAGGAUCUCGUGCCCGUGUAUAGAGCGGUAGACGAUGACGAAUUGAAAAUCUGCGGAGAUGGUUGGAAAUACGGUUCCUAUUAUUCUACGUUAAAAAUAGAAUGUAGUAGAUAUUUGCCCUGGGCGGAGCAGAUGUUCAUAGAGAAGGGAGGAAAAAUCAUUACUCAGAAAAUCGAGGCUUUCUCUUCUCUAUCUAAAUAUGAUUUGGUCUUUAACUGCACCGGCUUGGGGGCGAAAACUUUGUGUCAGGAUAACGACCUGGUGUCUAUACGAGGACAAGUGAUAAAAGUGAGAGCGCCCUGGCUGAAGAUGGCCUUCUACGGAGAUUACGACACCUACGUGAUCCCUGGACUGGACGGGGUCGCGACCUUAGGAGGCGUGCGGCAGUAUGACAGCUACAACAGACAAGUGUGUAAGCACGACGCUGCUGCGAUAAUGGAACGGUGCUGCGACCUCCUGCCCGCUCUGAAGAAGGCUGAUGUGGUGUGUCAUAGAGUGGGGCUUCGACCGCACAGAGUACCGGUCAGAGUGGAGCCCGAGCUCGUGGACGGCGUGAGAGUCGUCCACUGCUACGGUCACGGAGGCUACGGUGUAAUGACCGCCCCGGGCACCGCCAUCGACGCUGUACACAAAGGACUCGAUCUUUUAAAAAGUAACGUUAGAAGCAAAAUAUAAAUAAAAACAAAUUUAUCUUCUAAUCCAUAUCGGUUAUUUGUUAACUUUUUUGCUGACUUAUGAAACGUCACAAUUAUUUAUAUGACCAAUUAAAAAAAUUAUAACUAUGUCUAUAACAUAACAAUGAAAAGUCAGAUGAGUCGUACCAACAGUCCCUACCUACAGGUCUGAAGUAACUAUGUUGUCACUUUUUCAUAAAAGGUAACAUUACUAUUACAGUCGUGUUACAAAUAAGACAGAACGCUUUAAAGUAAACUUUAUAAUAUUGCGCAAUACUUAUAUAAUAAGGUUGGGGUCUAAAAGUACUAAGAAUUUUAGAUCUUCGGAUGCCUCACCUGUAUCCGUAUCUCAAGGCUUUCGGAUGCCUCAUCUGUAUGACUAAAUAGAAACCACUGUUAGCUAUGAACCAUGAUCUAUAAUAAAAGAUUGAAAUUAAAGAUGAUUAAAUAUCGUCUGAUAAUAAACUUGAAAUCAAAUAAGUAUUGCUUGCAGUCACAUUUGUACAAAUAUUUAAACUAAUGAUUUAUUUAAGACAUUUGUAAUUAAUGACGUUGAAGGAUAAAGGGUAGUACUAAAUAAUAGAUACGACAUAUUGUAUAGUUAAUAGUACACUAAAGUAAGUGAUUCUUAUGUUCGUUCUAUAAAUGGAAAAUUAUUUUGAAUUUCGCUAUGGACAAGCUAAACAAGCAGUGUGUUGAUCAAAUUUUUAUUUCAUGAUUAAUUAAAAAAACAAAGACUAAUAAAAACGUCAUAUAUUUUUCCAAACAUUGAGAUGAAGUAAAUUUAGGAAUCACGGCUUCGAAUACAUACGAAGUAAAGGAACCACAAUUCCUAUAAUGAAAUAUCUAGUCUUAGUCUUUUCAUUAUAUAAUGGUUUUUUGUUGUUGUUAUACAGAUUGUAAAUACGUUCAUCUGUCCUGUGGAACAACUUCUAAUGUCAAAAAUAUUUCUAUUUUUAACACUGGCAACACUGGCCGUAUUUGCGUCUAUAUUUUUUUACUUGACGUUUCUGAAUAUCUUCCAUGAUCAAUGUAACUUUUUUCAAGCUACUUUCUGGAUUCCUAUUUAGCAUAUUUUCAAAAUAAAAUCCCCGUUUAUUCGUAUUUCUUAAUUUUUAAUAUAACAAGUUUCGUAUGAAUCCGGACGAGAAGUGAUGAACCAAAAGCUAUAAGCAAAAAAAUUAUCAGAUUAUUUAUAGUGUUCUCUCUACUAUAGCACACAGACAAACAAUAAUAUUCAGACGUCUAUCUUUUAAUGAUUAUCCUUUAUCCUUAAUUGUCAGCAUGACGUCAUUCACGUUAAUUUAUAUAAUUUAAAUAAAGAAGCGUCUUCCUUCUUUUGCAAGCUUAGGAAUGUUUGUAAUUGUCGUAUUAUUACGUCAUUACGUCAACAAUAAACUAUUGCUUUUGAUAA